AUGCCUCUAAGGCUAGACUUCACGUCUGGUCCUUCCCAGCAACAAGAUGAGCCCGUGCCUCCCACCAGGAGCGAGCGCACCGACGACCCGCCUCAGACAAGUGUGGCACUUCUCGAUGACGAUGACGAUGAUCCUGAGGACCCUCGCACCGCAGUUGGUCUGAUGCUGGACGACGCCUUUGACCUGAUGGACAACAUGUUCCCCAAUCGCAGGCAGGACAUCCGUGUCUGUGUUGCCCGGACUGGUGGAGAGUCGAUUGCCUAUGCCGAGCUGUCAGGCAACCAGGUCAUGCGCAAGCGUGGAAUGAACGCAACCGUCGCUCUUUACAGGCUGAUUACCGGGCUGCGCAACAACGAACAGGCACGCCAGGCGAGUUCAGAGCAGUCGACGAACGGCAUUUCUGGCAAGUACUUCCGCAUGCACUAG